UUCUUCACAGGCCCUACGUCUCUCGCUUUGUCUUCUCUGGCCUCAACCUCCACCCAUACUCUCCAUAAAUCCAGCUCCUCCACCGUAACCAACCAAGACCAGGAAGAAGAAGAAGAACCUAAUCUAGAGUCUUAAACCUCUCUUCGCUCCUUCUUAGCCCUUCAACCCUCACAAGCCCUUUUGUUUCUACGUCUCUAUACCUCUGGUUAUGAUCGCUGUGAACAACGGGGAACUAAAGAGCCUAAGCUCUUCCCCAGCUCUCGGCUUCCCCCGUCACAGGUUCUUCCGUUAUCGCCGCUUGAGGUGAUCGAUUGAUAGUCUAGAAAAUAUGCCGAGCCCUUGCAAGGGUGGGCACCGACGAGGGAUUGAAGAGAAUGGGAGGCAGAGGAAAUUGGGGAACAGGGCAGCGUCGUUUCACGGCCGAGCCCAUCCCAAUCUGAUUGAGACUGAGAUUCGCCGGCCGAAGACAGUUCCGGAUCUGCUUUCUGCUGGAAAAUUGCAGGAAAAUUUUCCGGAGAGGCCGGCUAGGCUGAUGAAGUUGCUGUUGAACGUGACGAUACAGGGGAGUUUAGGAGCUGUACAGGUGGUGAUGUCGCCGGAGUCGACGGUUGGAGAUUUGAUUACGGCGGCGGUGAGGUUAUAUGCUAAGGAGGCGAGGAGGCCUUUUCUGCCCACGACAGAUCCCGCGGAUUUCGACCUCCAUUAUUCUCAAUUCAGCUUAGAAAGUUUGAAUCGGGAGGAGAAGCUGAAAGAACUGGGUUCGAGGAAUUUUUUCUUGUGCCUUAAGAAGCCAAUUGAAGCUGCGAUGGAUGGGUCUGUGUCUUCGUCUUCGUCUUCGUCGUCUGUGGCGGUGGCAUCGUCGUCUUGUUCGAACCAAGCUGAGAAGGUUUCGAAGAUCGCUCUUCCCUGGCUUAGGUUCAUGGAAUUCUUGCUGUAGCUUAUUGAGAGAGAGAGAGAGAGAGAGAGAGAGAUGAAUCUGUGACGCUGUUUAAACUUAUUAUUGUUCAAUCGAACCUUAUUAUGGCUCGAUCUUCUAUAAAUUAGAAGGAGAAUUCGACUUUCUGUAAAUUAGUAGAAGAAAACUGUAAUUGGAUUCUGUCAUUUUAAAAAAAUCUUCUUUGAAUCGAAGUUUGUGAAAA